UAUGUCAGAUAGUGUUCAACGCUGUGUGGGUGCUAUGGUGUGUGACGUCUGUGUCGUAUUGCGUACACAGUGAUUACGUAUCGUGGAGCGUAGUAUGAAACUGUCGAAUUACGUUGUGCGCUUUUAACUUCGUGAACUCCGUGCAUUAAAUUUAAAGGUCGUUGUGGAGGGGCAGCCCACAGCCCCGGGACUCCCCCGGUCUCCCACGGCGCCCGCGCGCUCGCAGCACGCGCCGUCCGGCAGUCCGGACAUGGACGACCCUUCCAGCAAAAGGCAGGCCACCAGAGUUUUCAAGAAGAGUUCGCCGAAUGGGAAGAUUACUGUAUAUUUGGGAAAAAGGGAUUUUGUUGAUCAUAUAACACACGUGGAUCCCAUAGAUGGAGUGGUACUUAUCGACCCAGAUUACGUUAAAGACCGGAAGGUGUUUGGUCAUGUUCUUGCUGCUUUUCGGUAUGGUCGUGAGGAUCUGGAUGUCCUAGGACUUACUUUCAGGAAAGAUUUGUACCUUGCAUCAGAACAGAUUUAUCCCCAGGAUAGCAGCACAUCAAAGAGGCCACUUACAAGAUUACAGGAGCGUUUAAUCAAGAAACUAGGACCAAAUGCAUAUCCAUUUUAUUUUGAACUACCUCCCCACUGUCCUGCUUCAGUAACUCUCCAGCCAGCACCAGGUGAUACAGGAAAACCUUGUGGCGUGGACUAUGAACUGAAAGCUUUUGUCGGAGAGUCUCAAGAUGAUAAGCCACAUAAGCGGAAUUCAGUACGGCUUGCCAUUCGGAAGAUAAUGUAUGCACCAAGCAAACAGGGUGAACAACCAUCUGUAGAAGUUAGUAAAGAAUUUAUGAUGAGCCCAAAUAAACUGCACUUAGAAGCAUCAUUGGACAAAGAGUUAUAUCAUCAUGGAGAAAACAUAGCCGUGAACGUUCAUAUAGCCAACAACUCAAAUAGAACAGUCAAGAAAAUAAAGGUUUCAGUGCGGCAGUUUGCAGAUAUCUGUCUAUUUUCAACGGCACAGUACAAAUGCACUGUAGCAGAAGCAGAAAGCGAAGAGGGCUGUCCCAUCGGACCAGGGUUCACCUUGAGCAAAGUGUUUGUGCUGACGCCCCUCCUAGCCAAUAACAAGGACAAGUGGGGCUUAGCUCUUGACGGACAGUUAAAACAUGAAGACACGAAUCUUGCCUCCAGCACUUUAGUUGCAGAUCCUUCCCAAAGAGAGAAUCUUGGAAUAAUUGUGCAGUACAAGGUCAAAGUGAAGCUCUGUCUGGGUGCACUUGGAGGAGACUUGAUUGCCGAGCUGCCGUUUAUUCUGAUGCAUCCUAAACCUGAAGAAGAGCCAGCACCAUCUACAGCCCGGCCAUCUCCAUCACAUGCAGUAAAGGAAGGUGGUGAAGAUGUUGUGCCUGUUGACACAAACCUUAUCCAACUUGAUACGGAAGGAAUAUGCCCUGAUCAAGAUGAUGAUAUAAUCUUUGAAGAUUUUGCAAGACUGCGAUUGAAAGGUGCAGAAACAGAUGCUUAAAAAUGGUCAUCGUUGGAAAAAAAAAAAAAAAAAAAAAACAA